AUGGCACGCCUAUCUUCCAUUCCCAUCUCCCUCCUGCUGCUAGCUAGCCUCGCCUCCGCCGCCGCCUCGGCAGCAGCCGUGGGUCAAGAGGAAGGAGGCAUCAAGAUCCGCGUGCGGUAUCCAACCAAGGAGCAGUCGCGGUGGCUGAACCGCUGGGCGGAGAAGCAUCAGGCUCAAGGAUCCGGCGAAGGCUUCAGGAUCCGGCCGGCCACCGACGAGGAGUCGGCGUUUCUGAACCGCAUGUCAGCCCGCGGUGCGGAGAAAACCGGCGGCCGAGCCGGCUACGACGGCCGCAUCGAGUUUGGCGACGACCAUCCAAGAAUCGUUGUGGAUGCCUUCCACUCUCGAGCUCACACGUCCAAGGCGAACGAUGAACUUUAG